AAUCAUGAGUCGGACGCCAGAGGAAGUAGAGGCCACUCUGCAGAUUGCCAAGCUGGAUGCGGAGGACCUGCGCAGCACCGUGCACUGCCUGUCAUUCAACCAAGCCUUUGAUUCUGGGGAAUACACCUUGAUGGAGCUUGAUGACACGCUAUGCAAAGAGAUUGAAACUGGCGGCAGUCUUGUUAUCCGAGGGGACAAAAAUGACCAUGCUGUUCUUUGCAGUCAAAAUAAAACCUAUGAUCUAAAGAUUGCAGACACUUCGAAUCUGCUGCUUUUUAUACCUGGAGGCAAAACCUCAGACCAGUUGCCUGCUGACCAGAAAGAGCUUAAUGUCGUUCAAUGUGAGAUUGCUGGAUUCUCUAACCACUACUGGGAACUCAGACGGUGCCGACCCAAGCUUAAAAAACUCAAGAAACUUCUAAUGGAAAAUACGUAUGAAGGACCAGAGAAUGAAAGUGAAAACAACAAAGACCUGCCGCUGUACGCCACAAAUGAUCUUCUGGAUCAAAUUCAAGCAAGCAGUGAAGAGUUGAUGAACCAUUUGAAAAUUAUUCAUGCGUGUAAUAUUAAAGGUUUCUGGAGAGUUCUGGAUUUUGAUUACGAAAUGAAGCUUCUGAAUCAUGUUACCCAGUUAGUAGACUCGGAGUCUUGGUCCUUUAGCAGAGUUCCCCUGAAGGUCUGUCUUCAGGAGCUCGGCAUGCUGGAGCCGGAGGAAAUGAUUGAACACUGUUUACAUUUCUACGGGAAGACAUUCCUUGAUGACGGCGAAGUGUAUUUUGCUCUGGAUGAGGAGAAGAUCUGCCGAGCUACAGCCCAGAUGCUCUUACAGAACGCAGUGAAGUUUAACCUGGGAGACUUUCAGGAAGUAUGGCAGCAAAGCGUCCCGGAGGGCAUGACCACACGGAUGGAUCAACUAAAGGGUUUGGCCUUGGUGGAUCGAACGUCUAGACCAGAGACCAUCUUUUUAUUAAAAACCGAGGACUUGCCUGAGGACACCCAAGAGAGGUUCAACAGCUUGUUUACAAUGCGAGAGAAGUGGACAGAAGCUGAUAUUGCCCCGUAUAUCAAGGACUUAUGUGGAGAGAAGCAAACCAUCGGGGCACUGCUCACUAAAUACGCCCGAUCGUCUGUGCAGAACGGUGUGAAAUUAUACAAUUCCCGACGGCCACUUUUCUAACUUAACAUUCUUGUCAUCCUUACGAAUUUUGUAAAAUAUGUAUAUGUGCAUUUUUUAUACACCGGUUUUAGGGUGUAGUGUCAGUUGGUUAUGGAGUAUAAUAUAAGUUACAGAAUGCCCUGUAUUUUUUAUAAACAUAUUUGCCAAUU